AAAAGAACACUUUAAUUUUUUCAUUAUUUGACUAAGUAAAAUCCAUGGACUUGUUAUACAAUUUAAAUGAAACACUCAGUUUUAAUACAUGUGUAUACAGUCCACAGUAGUAACAGGUGCAUUCGUGUCCAAAGCUUGGGCCCUAAACCGCCGCUAGGACAAUUAACUCGCCUUUAAUACGGUACAAAGUUUAACGAACGCGUCUAUUUCAUUCCCGGCUCCUGAUUGGCUCGGCGCGUGCGGGCGCGGGGAGGGCUCGUUUCGUUUUACCGCGUAACGUCCCUCGGUAUCCGAGGCCAGUCACCGCUCUGUAUUUACCAACGUAACCGCACGCCGCGCCGCAUCGCAUCGCGUCAUUACAAGAUGGCGGACAUACAUUUGACUUUGGUGCAGGAAAUUGAAAAGUAUCCCUUGUUGUAUAAUAAUAAAAUACCUGAUUAUACCAAAAAGGAUAUGACAGAAAAGGCGUGGAUGGAAGUGUCUAAUAAAUUAAACCUAUCAGUUCAGGAGUGCAAAGAGAAAUGGCGUAACAUCAGAUCGACUUUCUUAAGAAGUUUCAAAGCGCCAUCUAGCGGAUCGAAACCAAAAAAGCCAUACUAUCUCAAAGAACAUCUAUCAUUCAUUGUGCCUUUCGUGAAGCCAUUAAAUGAAAUACAAUAUCAGGGUAACAUCACGUCUGUUCCGGAACGAGAUCCAUUCUCAGAUGCUGAAACCGAGGAACAAGCAAGACCUUCUGAAGAUGAACAAGAAUUAUCUGUUUCCAAUGAAAUUGAUCAAGAUAUAAGAUCAGAAGAUACUAACUCAACACUUGAGGAACCAGUGGUUACGAACAAUUUUCGAACUGCGCGCAAACGAUAUAAACCAAGCUAUAAUGAUGAAAUCUACACUGCAAUGCAGAAAUACCCAAAAAAAAGUAAUGUGCAUCAGGAGAAACCCAAGGAAAGGAAUAAAAAUCAAACCAACAUGAAUCACUUCUUCUUAAGCUUGAUGAAUGAAUUCGAUGACAUGUCGGAUCAUGAGCUACGAACAUUUAAAAUAAAAAUACUACAACUUAUUGAUGAAAUUAAACUAAAUAGACCUUCGCCUGCUUCAUUGGGGGAGCCGUUUCAAAUAAAAAUGGAGGAUAAUUAUUAACUUGGUUUUAAAAACGCCAAUAAGGUAUUCUCGUUUCUAUGUAAUAAUUAUAACCACAGCAAUGUCUUUAUAACUCGAAGAUGACAUUGUUUCGUGGCGUCAUAAGCGGUGCAGCCCGCCUAAAAUAUGACAAAACGACACGACACGACUGUCCGUGUCGUUUGAUGGUAAUUAUAUUGAAAGGUCGAGAGAACAACGCGUGUGACGUGUCAAUCUCUGGGCCAGUGACAACCGAACGACACGAACCUUAGUGUCAUGUAUUACGCCACAUUCUAAGGGAGAACGAUUCUUUAACAAUACGUUUAGGUAUCAGAGCGCACCGAAGCAGCACAGCUACCCUCGAGUAAGGAAACGGCGUAAGAAAAGCUCAAUUACAGCCGCGUACAAUUCAGACCAAUUGACACAUGAGUUGAAUCACUGAUGAUUUAACUAUCACAUGUCCGUUAGUACAAGGACGUGCUUCGUCAUCAAUUGUAUAUGUGAUGAAGAAUGUCAUACCAAAUAUAUAAAUUUAUAGAUA